AAAAACCCUCGUCUUCCUCCCCAAAAAUUCCCGGCCUUCAAAAUCCUCGACAGGAAGGGAGCGAAGCGCGCGAUUCGCGGCGCUGUGAGCUCGCGGGAGGAAGCAUGGCGCUUCACCAGCGGCGUGUGGAGGAGAUGAGAGACCUCAUGCGAGACUUGCGGAUUUAACUUCAUCUAUAUCUCCAACCACCGGAUUUAAGAUUCUUUCAGCACCUAGGGUUUUAAUCCUGAAAGCAAUCCAAUCGAGUUCGGUUCAAAUAAGACAGGUGAAGAGAUAUCAGGCUGUCGGCAUAUUUUUCUCCGAGAGGCAAAAAUGGAGGUAAGAAGUCGUGCUCCGGGGAAGAUUAUCCUCGCCGGGGAACAUGCCGUCGUUCAUGGAUCUACCGCCAUUGCUGCGGCUAUUGAUCUAUAUACCCACGUGCUAUUCCGGCUGCCGCCGCCUUCAGAGAACCAAGUAUCAGUUGAGCUUGAGCUCAAAGAUAUGGGUCUAGUGUUUUCUUGGCCCUCUCAAAGAUUAGAAGAAGCAUUUAGCACAAUAGACACCCUUCCUCCGAUCCUACAACCAUGUUCCGAAGAUCGUUUGGAGCUUAUUUUGAGUCUAGUAAAGGAGAAGAGCAUCCCCGAAGAUAAGCUUUGGCUCUCUUCAGGAAUUUGUGCUUUUCUUUAUCUAUACACCUCAAUUCAUGGGUACAAGCCUGCAACAGUGGCUAUUACUUCUGAGCUUCCUUUAGGUUCUGGUUUGGGAUCAUCGGCCUCAUUCUGCGUUGCACUAGCAUCAGCUUUUCUUUCGCUCACCACUGCAGUUUCGGUCAAUGGGGAGAGAAGUGGUUGGUUAACUUUAUCGGCCAGUAAUCUAGAUCUGGUGAACAAAUGGGCAUUUGAAGGUGAGAAGAUUUUACAUGGGAAGCCAUCUGGCAUCGACAACACCGUAAGCACACUCGGAAGCUUAAUCAUGUUUAAAUCGGGCGAGUUAACUCAACUGCAAUCUACCACGCCUCUGAGGAUGCUUAUUACCAACACAAAGGUUACGAGAAACACCAAAGCGUUGGUUGCGGGCGUUGCGGAAAAAGCUUCUCGGCAUCCUGGCGUCAUACAUGCUAUUUUUACAGCUAUUGAUUUUAUAAGCAAAGAAUUAGCAACUAUAAUCGAAACACCAGCGAUUGGUGACAUCUCUAUCAGAGCAAGGGAGAAGCUAAUAGAAGAACUCAUGGAGAUGAAUCAAGGUUUACUUCAAAUCAUAAAAGUGAGCCAUGAUUCCAUCGAAAAGGUGCUGCAAACGACAGCAAAGUAUAAGCUGGCUUCGAAAUUGACCGGUGCUGGUGGCGGAGGUUGUGUCUUGACUUUGUUGCCAACAUCAAUAUCCAACACAGUUGUAGAGAAGGUUGUUGCAGAGCUUGAAGCACUGGGAUUCCAAUGCCUGAAGGCUGAAGUUGGCGGAAAUGGCGUACAAGUCUGCUUUGGUUGAGCUGAUUAUGGGCAGCCAUUAGAACACUAAUUCUCCUUUAUUGCAAAUGAGGAGAUUAUAUGAAAACAUUUAGUUGAUUCCAUGUAAUUUUCUUUUUUAUUCAUAAAUUCUUUUCUUUUGCACUUUUUAUUUCCUUUUUUUGGGGUGCUGCAAUAAUGCUUAAAUUGCUGAUUUUUAAAUA